AAACAAAAUAGUAAACGAUCAACAGUUCCUUGUUGGUAUAUACAGAGAGUCUCUUUGUUCCUUAAUUUCUUUCUCCUUAUCUAGAAAGCUCUGCGAUCUUGAUCCUCUCUUCAUCAUACUAGUAUGGAUUCUUAUUUUUCCCUUACCAAUCCCAAUCUUGUUGCUGUUGCAAUAUGCUUCUUGGGGCUUCUGGGUACAAUAUUUUUCAACAGAAAAUCAAGAUCUCAUCGAGAAAACAAAACAAUUGUCUCUUCUUCAACGCUUUUGACUCCUCCACCUUCUUUGCCUCACAACUGGAAACACCAUGUCUUCCCAAGUUUCCACGGGGCAGAUGUCCGUACAAACUUUCUCAGCCACGUUCUCAAGGAGCUCAGAAGCAAAGGAAUCGACUCGUUCAUUGACAAUGAUAUAGAGAGGAGUAAGCUGAUCGGUCCUGAGCUCGUAGAAGCUAUUAGAGGAUCUAGGAUUGCGAUUGUCUUGCUUUCGCAGAACUACGCUUCUUCCACAUGGUGCUUGAACGAGCUAGUGGAGAUCAUGAAGUGCAGAGAAGAGUUUGGUCAAACAGUGAUGCCCCUUUUCUAUCAAGUGGAUCCAACCGAUAUAAAGAAGCAAACUGGUGAUUUUGGGAAAGUCUUGGGAAAAACUUGUAAAGGAAAAACAAAGGAGGAGAUCCAAAGAUGGAAACAUGCCUUGACAGAAUUGGCUCAAAUCGCAGGUUUUCAUUCAACGAACGGGGAGAAUGAAGCAAAGAUGAUUGAAGAUAUUGCCACUGAUGUUUCGAACAAGUUGAACCUUUCAGCACCAUCCAAUGAUUUUGACGGCUUAGUUGGGAUGGAAUCUCGAAUGGCAGAAAUGAGACGAUUGUUACAGCUAGAUUCGGAUGAGGUGAGAAAAAUAGGGAUCUUGGGUCCGCCUGGGAUUGGUAAGACCACCAUUGCUAGAUCUCUAUUCAACCAACACUCCCAAGAUUUCCAACUAUGUGUCUUUAUGGACAAUAUCAAAAGAAAGUAUGUGAUAAUGGCUUGUUCCGAUGACUACAGUGUGAAGUUGGAUUUACAGAAGCAGUUUAUGUCUCAACUAACCAACGAGACCGGUAUCCAGAUUCCGCAUUUGGGAGUUGCCAAAGACCGGUUGAAAGACAAGAAAGUUCUUGUCGUCCUUGAUGAUGUGGAUCAGUUAGUACAACUCGAAGCCAUGGCAAAAGAAACUAGUUGGUUUGGUCCUGGGAGUCGAAUUAUCAUCACAACACAAGAUGAGAACAUUUUAAAAGCGAGUGGGAUCGACCAUAUACACAGGGUGAAUUUACCAUCAGAUGAUGAGGCUCUUCAGAUGUUUUGCAUGUAUGCUUUUGGUCAAAAAUACCCUAAGGAUGGUUUCGAAGAGCUUGCGUCUGAAGUUAGGAGUCUUGUAGGUGGACUUCCGUUGGGGCUGAGGGUUAUGGGAUCCUAUUUUCGAGGAAUGUCCGAGGAAGAUUGGAGAGAGGCAGUACCAAGGUUAAAGAUUCACCUUAACCGAAAUGGAGAAAUUGCGAGCAUUUUAAAGUUUAGUUAUGAUGCUUUAAAUGAUGAAGAUAAAAGAUUAUUUCUUCAUAUAGCCUGUUUUUUCAGUGGUGAACCAGCUGAUAUGGUGGAAAGAUGUCUAGAAAAAUGUUUUGAGGAUGUGAGACUAGGACUUCGUGUCUUAUCUGAAAAGUCUCUCAUAUAUAGGAAAUCAGGAUUGAUAAGGAUGUCUACGUUACUAUUCCAACUAGGAAGACAAAUUGUGCGAAAAGAAUCUGUUAGUGAACCUGGAAAACGCCAGUUUUUGAAUGAUGCAAUUGAUAUUGGUGAAGUACUUAGUGAUGAUAAAGCAGGUAGUAGCAGUGUCAUUGGAAUAGAACUUGGUCUGAAUGAGGAAAUAACAUGGAUAAGUGAAAGAGCUUUUGAAAGAUUGUCUAAUCUUCAAUUCAUAAAAAUCCUUAGCAGAGGCGUUAAUCCGCUAAGUAUGAACUACAUAUCCCGAAAACUUAAAGUACUGAUCUGGCCGAUGUUCCCCAUGUCAUGUUUUCCUUCAAGUUUUAAUCCAGAGUUCCUAGUCAACUUAUACGCGCGGAAUAGCAAUCUUGAGAAAUUGUGGGAAGAAAAUAAACCGCUCAGCAAUCUGGAGUGGAUGGAUUUGGCACUUUCAAGAAGUUUCAAGGAGCUUCCUGAUCUCUCAACUGCCACUAAUCUAUAUUACUUGGAUCUCAGCUAUUGCUCGAGUCUGUUGAAGCUCCCUUCCUCUAUUGGGAAUGCAACUAAUCUUGAAAAAUUGAGUCUCAGCUAUUGCUCAAGUUUGGUGGAGCUUCCUUCCUCUAUUGGAAAUGCAUUUCAACUCAAAACAUUGAAUCUCAAAGGUUGCUCAAGUCUGGUGAAACUUCCUUCCUCUAUUUGGAAUAUAGUUAAUCUUGAAGAAUUGAAUCUCGAAAAUUGCUCGAGUCUGGUGGAGUUCCCUAGCUUGUUGAAAUCGGAAACAGAGCAAUUCCAAAAGAAUAACAUCAUUAAGUAUUCUGAGAGUUCAACAAACAUUGAAGAGCUUCAUCAUCCGUGGAUAGGGAGAAUACUUCGUCUACGUCGACUUGUACUAAGCGGAAUGAGGAAGCUGGUAUCACUCCCUCAGCUACCGGAUUCAUUAUUGGAACUAGAUGCAGAAAAUUGUGAGUCCUUAGAGAGACUACAUUGCUGCUUUCCCAAUCAAGAUAUUCGUCUCAACUUUGCAAACUGCUUCAAACUAAAUCAAGAAGCAAGAAAUCUCAUCAUCCAGACGCCAACUAAUAAAUAUGCGGUGUUUCCCGCUGAAGAAGUGCCUAUAUGCUUCAGUUACCGAUCUUUUGGGGGUUCCUUAACUGUGAAGUUAAAUCAAUUGCCCGUUGGCAAAUCAACCAAAUUUAAGGCUUGCAUCUUAUGUGCUUAUGAUGACGAAAAUAUGUUUGAACUUUGGGAAAGCGCAUCUGUCUAUUGUACCAUCACGUCCGGAGGGAAUGCUUCCAUUGCUUUUAAGAAAAGAGUAGAACGAGUUUUGCCGGGGAAUCUGUGCACAUUCGAGGUUGAGGUUGACACAGAGGAGGUCACUUCCACCGAGCUUCUUUUUGAUUUUGGGCUCCUCAAUUUGGAUUUCAAAACAUGGAAGAUAAAAGAAUGCGGGAUACUCCAACUACUGUAGGUCCCUUUUGAAGAUUCCGAACCUUCCGAUAUUGAGCUUGUUCGUGAAGAUAAUGGUGACAAGAGACUACCUCUUUUGUGAUUCUGUCUCAUUUUUUUAUUCCCUAAUAAACUUUUACUUCUACGUCCUGUCCUUUCUUGUAUUAGUGCAUAUUUUUACUUCUUGAGUAUGUAAUAAACAGCGAAGUCCCAACUAGUUAAUCACGACAGAAAUGUAUCAUUUAUAUCACAGUAGAAAAAAACUGUAACAAUUAAACUAGAA